UUUGCGCCAAACAUAACAAGGCUAAUUUUUUUGCGAAAUAACUAAAACAGGAGUACAACUAUGGAUGUAGAACUUCAAGCAACAUGCAGUGCCCUGGGUUACACAGAGGGAAAGGAGUAUGUAAAAGAACCUGAUUGCUUAGAAACUGUUAAAGAUUUGAUCAGGUUUUUGAGACGUGACACGGAUAUCUGUGACAUUCGUCGACAGCUUGGCCAUGCACAGAUAGUUCAGAAUGAUCUUAUACCAUUGGUGAAGUUUUACCACAAGGAUAAAGCCCUAUUUGAGACAGUUAUCAAAUUGCUUGUAAACCUGACGCAGCCUGUAGUCACAUGCUGGAACAAUCAGAUUCCAGAUGAAAAAACUUUGAGGAACUACUGCCUUGAAGUUGAGAGUUAUCUGCAGGACUACAAAGAGGCAUUUAUUGAUGAGGAUUUUUUUAAUGUGCUGUCAGAGAAGAUCAUGGAGAUUCUCAAACUGGACUGGGAUGAACUGCGUGAAGAGGAUAAGUUACAGCUGGAGAGAUUGUUCAUUCUUAUCCGCAAUAUUCUUCUGAUUCCAGCAGACCCUUCAAGAGAGCAGCGUACAGAAGAUGAUGCAAGCACACAUGAUCAAAUACUCUGGACAAUGCACACCAGUGGUGUUGAGGAUUUGAUCCUGUUUGUUGCCAGCUCGGAAAGGGAGAGAAGCAUGCUCUGUAUGCAUGUCUUAGAGAUUAUCUCUCUUAUGUUCAAGGAGCAGGAAGCUGCAACACUUGCUUCUGCUGGGGUCGAAAGGUCAACAACAGAAAAAAUUAAAGAUCAAAAAGAGCUAGAACAUGCAAGAGAAAAAGAAAGGGCGCUAAAGAAAUCAAAUAUUCUGAAAUUUAGUGCAAGACAUUCAAGAUUUGGCGGCACUUAUGUAAUAAAGAACAUGAAAUCCAUCAGUGAGAAUGACGUUAUCUACCACAAAUCUCUGGGAGAAGCCAAAACAUUCUCCUAUGAUGACAACAAAAACCCAAAGAAAAAGGCAAAGAACAGAGCUCCAAUCAAGGGGGAUGAAAUCAAGCGCAGGUCGACUCUGAGCAUGAGGCUUAGCUUGAAACAGUUUUGUGUGCAGUUUCUUGUUAAUGCUUACAAUCCUCUGAUGAGGGCAGUUAAGGAUGCUUUAACAAGGAAGACUGCGCAGGAUAAUGAUGAGACUUACUACCUGUGGGCAAUGAGAUUUUUCAUGGAGUUUUGUCGCUUGAACUGUAAACGGGUCGACCUUGUUGGGGAGACCAUGUCACUGCCAGCAUUUCACUACAUUUACACCCAGCUGUUGACCUACUACGAGAACAUCCGUCUGGGUAAAGGUGAAGAGGUCAAGACUUGGGGUCGCAGGACUCAUGUGGCGCUUAAAGCCUACCAAGAACUUCUGCGUACUCUGGAUUUCAUGAGCAAAUCUAAUGAUAGACAGUUGCAGGAGAGUGCCAAAGUAGUGCAGAGCAAUGUGUUUUACAUGAUAGAAUACAGGGACAUAUUUAUAACACUGUUGAAAAAUUUCAAUGAGUCCAAAAGUUCCAGAGCCUUCCUGCGUGACCUUGUGGAAUCCACCCAUGUAUUUUUGAAGAUGCUGGAGACAUUCACCAAGUCUAGUAAACUGGUGGUGCAGAAGAAGAAGAAGAGCAUCAAGAGGAAAAAGAAAGCUGCCAAAUCUUCUUUGGCAGGCUCACAGAAUCAGCAGCUGAGUGAGGAAGAGCUGGAGACAUUGUGGAACAGUGAUCUGUCGGAGGAGCUGAAUGCAGUCCUGCUAGGUCAGCAGGAUUUACCUGAGGGGGUUACACCUUUUGAUGCUGCCUCUGAUGUUAGCAUGGAUGAUCAAAGGAUUGAGGCUAUGCUUCGUGUCCAGGAAAAUCUGAGAGAGAAAAAUGUCGGCCUGGCUGUAGCCUUGUUCCGGUCGGCCCGAGAAGUUUGGCCAGAGAGGGAUGAGUUUGGGACGGAGGGCAUGAGUCAGGAGGAGGAGUUCCUGGCCUUGAAGGAAGUUUUUAUGGCCAACUUGCCAAGGCCCCAGAGAUCGGCUGAUGUAGAAGAAGAUGAAGAGGUGGAGGAAACAAAUGAGAUAGAAGAGGAAGAAAGACAAGAGGUUCAAAGAUCAGAGACAGAGUUUGAUUUUAAGACAUUUCUUCACGACUUUGCCCACCAAGACAUCGUCAAGGCUUAUGGUAUACUGCUGGCUGAGUUUACCACCAACUCUGACCUGGUAAACCACUGUGUUGUAAAAAUGCUACAUCGUUUGUCACAUGACCUUGGCUAUGUCGGCAUGUUGUUUCAGGCGUCCAUUUUCAAAAGUUUCAACGCUCUGUUGAAUGGCAUUCAUACUGGUUUAUCUAGAUACAAGGAGCUAUCAAAGUUUGCCUGCUAUGUCAUUAGACAGUUCACAGCCAUAGCAAAAAACAACCCCAAGGUGUUUGUUGACAUCAUGUUCUGGAAAAACAAAACUGAAUCUCUGGCUAUAACUGGAGGCUACGAUUUUGAGAACAAAAGUAAAGCCAAAAUGCUGUGGACUGAAGAUCAAGAACAAGAGUUACUGUACCUGUAUGAGAAGUACAAAGACACUACACAUCCUGAAAAAGAUGUAGUUGAUUUGAUUCUGGGUGAUUUGACAUCAUCCCACACUAGAGUUCAGGUCUUGAAGGAGCUGAAAAGACAAGGUCUCAUCACCAGUGCUAAAGAUAUCAAGAAGAAAGGAAAAAGCGGUCGAGCUUGGAGCGAGGAGGAGAUAGAGGAGCUAAAAGAUUUGUACCAACAGUUCAAGGACUCUGACUAUCCGAUUUCAGAAAUAUUAAAACUUCUACCUGGUGGUAAAUCCAAGAAUGUUGUCAUUGGGAAGUUGCUGGAACUAAGACUUAUUGAUGACAGACGAGAGGUCCUGAAGAAAAGAAAGGGCAGAAACAGGAGGAGACAUGAUGAUAGCAGCGAAGGAGAAAUGCUGUUCCCUGAGGAAGGUAAUAAAAGAAGAGGAAGGUCUAGUGAAGAAAGUGAUGCCAGUGAUAGCAGCGAGGAUGGGAAUGAUGAAGAUGGUAAUGAUGAGGAACACACAAGAUUAUCAGAUGGAGGAAGUAGAGUUUCUGUUGUUGAUCAGAUAAAGGGGCUUGCAGAGAAAGGCUAUCGUAAUCAGCUAGCAUGGAUGCAGAGAGGAUUAAGAAGUGCCGCAGAGGAUAGGGAUGAGGGAGUAUGUGUCCCCACACCCAUUGUGCCCCUGACAGAAGAAAAUGAAACAGCAAUGGAAGACGAAGUAUUUUUAGCUUUCUUGCGCACCAUUGGGAUCAGCUCACCAGUUGGUGAACAGGAAGUAUUUUGGAGAAUUCCAGCAGAAUUUUCCGCUAUUGAGUUGCGGCAAAUAGCCGAUGGCCUUGAGUUGUCAGAAGAAGGUGAAGUUCUGGCUAGAGAAAUUGAGAAAAUAGUUUCCAAACAUUUCCCGACUUCAUCCCCAUCUGCAGCAAAUAGAGAAACAAAGAAAAAAUUAAAACCAAAGAAAGAUAAGUCAAAGUUGAAAACUGAUCGAAAAAAGCCAGAUCGGAAACCUAGACAGAAGAAAAAUAACGAUGAUUUUAUAAACGACAAAGACGGACACAAUAGCUCGGGAAGUGAUAGAUCGUUAUCAGAUAGUGAUGAAGAUAUUCCGAAGAAAGCGUUUGUGAUGCCCAAAGUUGUGAAAGGAAGUGACACCAGCGACUCUGGCCUUGACCCCGAGAUAGAGCGCAGGGAACAAGAGAGAAUCCAAGCGGAGAAGAACCAGAAGAGGAAAAGUUCCCACAGAGUGACGGAGGAGAGAAGAAAUGCUUUAAAGAGAAUGCUGGAGAGGAAGAACGAAAGAAAGAAGAAGACUGCAGAUGACACAGAUUCAAGGGACCCAGCUUCAAAAGAAACCAAAACCAAGUCGCCAGCCAAAGAUGCUGAUAAUGAAAGUAGUAGCCAGCCUAAGGUUGAUAAAUCUCCUAAAUCAGAUUCUAGCUCCAGGAAAAAGAUUGCAGCCAUCCAGUCAGAUUCUGAGAGUGAUACAAGUAGCUUGUCCAGCUUAUCCCAUGAUAGUGGAGAUGAUACAAGACUAUCACAACCAGAUGGUACCCAGGCUAGCAGUCAAGCCUCAGAUGAUACAAGACUAUCACAACAAGAGGGUAGCACACAAUCCAACAGCCAAGCCUCAGGGGAUACAAGACUAUCUCAACAAUCAAACAGCCAAGCCACGCCAGUAUCUGCCAAGUCAAAGAAAAGAUUCCUUCAGUCUGGAAGUGAGAGUGAUUCAACUAAUGGAAAUGAUGAAACAAAGGGAGAUAAAUCGUUGACUAAGAAACGCUUAAAGAGAAUUAGAGUUGUCUCCUCUGACGACGACUCCGAAAAAGAAAACACAGACAAAAUGGAUGAUGAUGAUAAGGGUCUGUCUAGUCAGAAGGAAGAGAGUUUUAAGCUUCUGUUUUCUGGGAGUGAUGAUGAAGGGGAUGAUCAUGCAAAGGAAAGACAGAGUGAAACAACAGAAAGUGAGCCUGUAGGAAAAUCAGCAGAUUCUUUCCCUGCAACACUGUUUACUCAAGGUGUGGAUUCUGAUGAUGAAGAGGAUGAUCAUAUCUCUCUCAGAACAGCCAUGAAGAGAAAGAGAGCUAUCAUAGAGGAUGAUGAUGAUUAAAUCUCAGUAACCUCCCUUAUCAAAGACAAUUUACCAAGGUCAUGAAAGAGUUGUUGAACUUGAGUUUCAUAAAUCUAAUAAAAUUAUUAGCAAGUUUUUAGAAAUAGCUAAUCAUAAUGCCUAUAACUAAAUUACACCAACACUGUUCGCAAACAUGUUGUUAAUACAGGCUGGUCUUAAAAAGUUAAAAUCAGUUUUGUCUGCAGUAAAUACGAAGGUACUUAUACUUAGCCAGUCCAAUCUUACCAACCUAAACUAGCAAAAUUGACCAAAAAAUUAACUGCCACUGAUUCAUGUAAGCUUAGAAAAUUUUCUCCUGGUAAUAUAGUUUAGUAGUUAAAACAAAUGAAAUUUAGAUUUACACAAUUAUAUAACUGCUUUCAAGUGCUUUGCCCUUUCUUUUUUAAGAAUUUUCUUUCAGCAUUUUAUAUUAAAUGAUGUUUUUUUUUAAGGUGUAAAUUAUUAUAACUAACAUUUUGAUACUAAUGUUAUUUCUUCCCCCAGACUCUACCCCAUUUAAGGUUUAAUUUACUAAGAUUAUAAUAAUGGAGUUUUACAUGUCCUAACGUGAAUGUAACUCAUGAGCAAUUUAAUGUAACCUCAAUUUACGUAGUUAUGUGUCUCCAAAUAUUUUGAUAAAACAUCAGUUCUUUAUUGUAUAACAUAUUUUUUGGGUAUAGUUACCCAAUACGCAUACUAUUAGUCAGAAACAGAAAAUAUUUAUUUCUAAGAAGUUUUUUCUUUAUAUUGCACUAUUAUAGCUGUUUUUGCUGAUAUUUAGAUGUUUUAAGUGUUCAAGUUAAU